GGACAGAGAGAGAGAGGAGGAGGAGGAGAGAGCCGCGGUUACUGCGCACAGUGGCCCCGCCAGCUCCACUCAUCAGUGAAGAAGACAAAACAAGUCUGCAAAUCCCAAAUUGUGAAUCCACAGGAAAAUAAACCGUCAGAUCUGCUCAGCCGAAUGUGAUUUUCUUUUUUGGAAGUGAAGCUUUUUUUUUUUUUUUUGCGUUCCUCUUUUUUUUCUUUAAAGACCACAACACUGAAAGACAGCGCGUCGUCGGAGAAGUGCCGUACUGAGAAGCGUGGUGGUGGAGCAGCCUGUCCACGGGCUGUAGGGUAACUGUGUGUUCAAACAUUUUUAAAAGAGACAGAAACAAAGAAGGUCACUUCGUUUCGUCGGAUGUACAAGGACUCGCUCCUGACACCACGGACUGUGGCUUAACUGUGAAGUUAAAAAAGGAGGGUUUUAAAGUUGUAACAGGAGGAAUAAUAGACGCACCCUGCCGAACAGAGGAUCCGCAUCUUUAUAAUUUCGUUUUUUUGCCUGGGGGAUGCGAUGAUUUCUGCAGUAGCGACAGGUUAAUAGUUUUGUUUGCUUUAAAAAAAUAUAGAUAGAUAGAUAGGUAUAUUUGGGUUUUUUUGCAGGUGAAACUCGGCUGUGUUUUUCCUUCUUCGAUCUGGGAUGGUUAAAAUGAGCAAGAGUGCGGAUUUACAUGCCUGGGACAAGUUCUGAUUUUUGCUUUAAAAGAAAACAAAAACAAAAACAACAACAACAACUCAGACUGCAAAAACCAAAGACAUCAAUCUGCUUAAAGAUCCAAGAGCUCUGGCUUUGAUUUUAUUUAUACGUUUUUCGAUAUAACUGAGAAGUGAAAUACCUCAUAAUUUAUUAAACCUGGAAAGUCAAGACCCCCUACUGAACACCCAAAGGAAAGUUAAACCGUCUGUUUUUUCCUGCUAGACUCUCGCUCUUUCCUCUCAAUAUUUCAAAGACAGAAAAAUAAGGAAUAAGACCGCGACAAAGCUUUAUUAUUAUUAUUAUUAUUUUCAAAUGAUGAGGAUUGAGAUGACAUAUAAAAAUCGGUUUUAGAAACUAUUUGGUGUGGAUUAUCUCCGCUACUGUUACCUCAGCUUGACCUCGACCUUCAUAAAGUAGCAGAGUGCAGAAGGUUGGAACAAUGCCAGAUUCACCUGCGGAUGUGAAAACCCAGCCCAGGUCCACCCCACCCACCAUGCCUCCUCCACCCCCGGCUGUCAGCCAAUCAACCAAUCGCAAUGCUUCGUUCACCCCUACCACCAGUAAAUCAAAUCUGUCAGAUGCCCCUCAGGCCCCUCCGAAACUACUGACCCAGUUCACGCCGCCUCCUCCUCCUGUCUGUUUAUCUGCAGUGCUGAAUGGGAGCAGCCACUCUCCUACAUCGCUAAACGGUGCUCCGUCCACUCCUAACGGCUUCAGCAACGGGCCGGCCAUGUCCUCGACAGCCUCGUUGUCCAACCAGCAGCUCCCGCCGGCCUGCGGCGCUCGGCAGCUCUGCAAGCUGAAGCGCUUCCUGACCACGCUGCAGCAAUUUGGCAACGACAUAUCGCCUGAGAUUGGAGAGAGAGUGCGCAGCCUCGUCCUGGGACUGGUGAAUUCCACUCUCACCAUUGAAGAAUUUCACGCUAAACUUCACGAGGCCACCAACUUCCCUCUGAGGCCGUUCGUCAUUCCUUUCUUAAAGGCAAACCUGCCCUUGCUGCAGAGAGAACUGCUUCACUGUGCCAGGUUGGCCAAGCAGACCCCAGCUCAGUAUCUGGCCCAACACGAGCAGCUACUCCUGGACGCAAACGCCAGCUCACCACUCGACUCCUCCGAGAUAAUGCUGGAGAUGAAUGAGCAUGGCAAGAGAAGGACCCCUGACAGGACCAAAGACAGCUCUGAGAGAGAUGGGUUGCACCCGGAGCACCUGGCUAAGAGGCCCUGCACCAUCAGCCCCAGCCAACGCUUCAGCCCCAGCACAGGUCUUCCUGCUCACCCUCCUCCCAAUGGACUCCCCACACACCCUCCCAAUGGCAUCCCCCACCCGCCAAACCCCCAAGUGGGACCCCAGCACUAUCGUUUAGAAGACAUGGCUCUGGCACACCAAUACAGAGAUGCUUACAGGCAUAACGAACACCGUGAAGUCCGUGACAGGCUCCGGCAGACAGCAGUCCACGGAGCUCGCCAAGAGGAAGUGAUUGAUCACCGUCUUACAGAUCGAGAGUGGGCAGAGGAAUGGAAGCACCUCGAUAAUCUCCUCAACUGCAUCAUGGACAUGGUAGAGAAGACAAGGCGCUCUUUGACAGUGCUGCGCCGCUGCCAGGAGGCCGACCGGGAGGAGAUGAAUCACUGGAUCCGGCGCUACAGUGACGUGGAGGAGAUGAAAAAAGGUGGGAGCAACGGACAGCACUGCCUUCCUCCUCCUCCUCUUCCUCCUCCUCACCACAACUCCUCCUCCAACACAGCUAGCAGCAGCGAGUCACUGCCCGUAGGAACUUCCUCGGCUGCUGAAAGGCAGACAGGCAGACAGACAGAGAUCCAUCGAGACUUCUUACACAGGCCUCCCUCAGGAUACCUCCCGGAAGAAAUCUGGAGGAAAGCUGGUACUACAAGCAUCCCGCUCUCCCCAGCACUAAAGCACCUCCAAAACAAGCAGGAGGAGGCAGUGAAUGAGGUGAAGCGACAGGCGAUGUCGGAGCUGCAGAAAGCAGUGUCAGAUGCUGAGAGGAAGGCUCAUGAGAUGAUUUCUGCCGAGCGCUCUAAAAUGGAGAGGGCACUGGCCGAAGCCAAGAGGCAAGCCUCUGAGGAUGCGUUAACAGUCAUCAACCAGCAGGAAGACUCCAGUGAAAGCUGCUGGAAUUGUGGGAGGAAAGCCAGCGAGACGUGCAGCGGCUGCAACACAGCUCGCUACUGUGGCUCCUUCUGCCAACACAAAGACUGGGAGAAGCACCAUCACGUCUGUGGUCAAGGCCUUCAGGGGCUGCCAGGGGGCAGCAGUGUCCCUCUAGGAACCCCCUCCUCCAGCUCCUCCGCCUCCUCCAGCGCGCCCCCAACUCACUCCGAGGGCACUCCUCCAGGACCCCUGUCACUCGCAGCCCAGAGCAGUAUUGCGGGAGGGGCCGGCAGCGGAAGUGUUUCUGCCAGCCCCAAAGAGAGCAGUUCCAGCAGUGCCUCUCGCUCCACAACUCCAGCCACCCCCGCACUACUGGAUGCCACCUCUCGCUGACGUCUGACCUUCGUCGCUUCCCUGCAUACCGAAGUGACAGCGCUCACACUUCACACAAAACCAAACUGAGGAAUCUUCAUCGCAAACUGCUCCAGUCCCCUCCUUUAGCUCUUAUUUCCCUCAUAUCCCGAUCUUUAACAUCUUCUUUUUAACGUGAUGAUGGACUUAUUUCCUCACCUUCCUCCAGAAUACUUUCUCUUUCACAGCCACAGAUACAAAGAUUGUGGUCUGGGGUUCAAUGUAGUGUAAAGCAUGACGAGUGCAGUGUCUCCUUUCUCUGUUGAAGAAACAUAUCAGAUGUGUUUGCUGAGAACAUGAGCUUUGACUUGAAGAUUUGCCCUCAGUAACGUAAGCAUGGUAAAUAAUGUCCACUAUAAGGGCUGUGAGGAAGCAGCAUCGAUGGGGGAUGACUAGGCCGAUUAGCACCUGGAUAGGAUUUCCCUUUAAUUUAGCACCAAUGAGAUGAGCCCUGAGAUGUGCACUAACAGUCCAAACAGUUCCCAGAUGUGGGACUUUUUCUAGUAUCCCAUUGGAGAAAGGCAAGGAGCAUAAUACCUUUUUUGUUAUUUUUGAGGGAAGGGGUAAAAGUUGGGAUGCGAUUAAUUCCUCAGAAACACAGCUUAGUAUUUAUUAAAAGUUCCUUUCUGGCUUUAAGGGAAAACAAAGAGAAGUCCAAAUAUUCUAAAUAAAGAAUAAUAGCGAUGAUGCUGACGUUGAUUAUGAUAACAGUAAUGAUAUGAAAAAAUAACUUAAUUUUGAACUGCUAACUACCUUGCUAGCGAGCCAAGAAAAUCUACACCGGACUCACCUCUCUGCACCAUUAUGAACCCAAAUGAUUUCAAAGAUGAAAAAUAACAUGAUCCAAACCUUUGUAUUACACUGCCAAAGUGAGUAAGUAAGCGAUAAAGAGAAGCACUCAUCUUGUAACCAAACACAAAGCAACAUCACCUCCUCAGCAGAUAAGCCAGCCCUGAGACGACCGGGCUGCAGAGGAGCUGCAAAACGGGACCCAGAGACAGCAAACUGUGACCUGCUUUCAUGUGCAGCUGCCUCCUGCAGUCUGGGUAAAAGUACAGCGAUUCCUCAGAGACGGCCCAGACUAGUGAAUAUGGACAAUGCUCUGAACUUACCUACAAGAAAGACUUAAUGAAAUAGAUGGAAACCCUGCAACAGUGUGUUUUUGUUUAAAUGGUAGAGAGGACAAAGAGGAACGAAAAAAGCUACACAGCCUCAAAGGAGACGAUGGUGUGUACAUGGCAAAGGAGCUGCCAAAACAGAAAAAAAAAAACCUCAACACAAGCUUGAAAACAUUGUCCAAGAUGGCAUUACAAACUAUGGAGACACGUGGAAGGAUUGUUUGUAAGUUUUUGUUGUUUUUUGUUUUCUUUUUAAUUUACGCUCCACAGCGAGGAGAUCUUUGAAGGAAUUACCUUUACAUUUACUCCCUCCUUUUCCAAAGCAUGAUAAACACAAGACAGAGCCUAAAAAAGGGCGGUGUAGACUUUGUUCUCCUCUCUCUUUCUACCUCCCCUCACCCCUCUCCUCCCUUCCAUGUUCUUCCCCGACUACUUGACUCACGUGUGCCCUACCCCUCCGCUGGCUUUGGACAGAGAGCCACAAAGCAAGUCCCACGGGUAGGGCUGAACCCGCUUGUAGAUAUCGUUCCUCUUUUCAUUUUUCAAUAAUGUCUCUUGUUGCUGAUGUCCACACGUGCUGCCCUUGUGUAUAUCCAGAAAGACGGACUUUUGUUUUAGUUUUGCUACCUUUCACUUUCCUCCUUUGAGUUCGGGUUGAGCAGUGAAGACAGAGCAAGGACGCUUAUGUUUAUGAGAGGAAGCCCUGCAUUGUACUUAUUGUUUGAUUUGUUGAAUCUAUAUCAAUGAGAUGGAAACCCCUCUUGUAGAAUAUUUUGUAUUGCUCGCAUUGUAAGACAGUGAGAGGACGGAGGUGCAAUAUGAAGAGAAUUCAGCUACUGAAUGGAACCUCAGCAACUGCCCAUAGGGUGUCAUAUAAUAUAGAUACAUAUAAAUAUAUUUAAAGUAACAUCAGUAACUUAAUGUGAAUGUACAUAGUAUUUAAAGAGGUCCAAAAAUGUGUUUGCCAAAUAACAGAAACCUUUAAAGUUUAAUGUCCAGAUUUUUUUUCACAGUACAUUUGUUUCUAAAAUUGAUCGACUUUUUUUUUCUCUCAUACAAGUUAAACACUUUUUCAAUUUUCACUCAAAUCAAAGUGUCAUGUGACCCUGAGUGGAGGAAACUGUUGGCAACAGUGGUAAAACAGCUCUGCAUCCUGCAGUAGGUGACUCAACAGUGUGUAUUAAUAGAAAGGCUCAGUGGUAACUCAAUUAGUUUUGUUUUUUUUCCUCAUUUACACCAAUUUUUGGAAAUGUCAAACUUGACACAUCACGUCAAGCACUCCGUUUCUUACCAGCCGUUUAGCUCCAGCGCCCCUGUAGUGAUCCUCUCUCUCUUGGUCCUCAUCAGUCUGCGUGCAUGUGGUUAAGAGUGUUUGUUUCUCCCAUGGUGCAGGAUUAAGCGAUACGCCAGUGUUAAGCUACAGUACAUGACAAAUCUAAUUUGAUACCCAAUCUUUAAAAUGUUGUUCUUAACUCCUCGCUGCUUAUUGUUCAUUUGUAAAGAUACAAUUUGAGUAUAAGCUGCU